ACCACGUGUUUGCUUCACCGCUUUCUCUUCCGGUCAUAUUUGGAUUUGUGUACAUGGUCACCGCCCCAACCUUCUCUCAUCUCUUUAGAAGCGUAAUCAAUUACCAUUCUUUCUAGAAAAACCUACUCCUCCAUCUUCUCUCUUCCAUUUCGUCUCCACCCAUCACCGCUCCCUCCACCAAUACUUUUCUUUCACUUUCAGUUGUAUGUUUCUGUCUUCUGUCUAUACAGCCACCAGCAACCCAUUGCCGAUGCAUCGCCUGCGACACAUCCCCCAACGCACCACCAUCAACUCCCCUUACUGUCACAGACCAUCGGUCUGGUCGACACUAGAUGAUCACAAUCUCAUACCUCCCACUAACUAUUUACCCCCACUAGCACAUCUAUAUAAAAAAUGAUAUUGGAGGGUUUCGAGUAUGGUUACUUCGUCAUUUGAUCUUAGGUGCAUCGAAUGGAACGAAACCCCUAUUUCUAGGAAUGUAAUAGGUAUCUGUUUCGUUUUCCUUUUUACUAAUUUUUUUUCCACUAAUUUUCUUUUGAUUGUUUUCUCUUUAACUCUCCACUGUUGGAACUGACACGGACGAUGUACAUAUGCUCCGGUUAUGGACCCAUUUUUUGAUUUUUAGAUCAAACUAAAGUUUGUAAAGAAAUGAAAGUAACAUGACCGCCUCUUUAAUCCAAUCGAUUAUCGAUUGCGAAUGUGGUGUGUUUCGAGUUCUUCUCGACCAAUUGCAUCAGUUGUGUCUCUUUACCCUAUUUCUCGGGUUUUCCCGGUAACUUCAAUUCACCAGAUGUACCUCACACCACUUUCUUUAUUCUUUUAUGUUUUAUUAAAUCGAAUGUCAUCAGGACACCUCGAUUUCUUGCAACUCCAUCGAAAUAUCAGAGAUGGUCGACAACAUAUCAAAUAUUUCAAGGACUUAUUUACUUGAACAAAAGAAACUAGAAGAUUAUUCAUGAUAAUUUGAAGCCUGUAAAUGUCCUUUUUGAUGAAUUUGGUGUUGCAAAAGUAACUGAUUUUGGACUUAGUAAGAUUGUAGAGGAUGAUGUUGGAUCCCAAGGCAUGGAGCUUACUUCUCAGGGUGCUAGAACAUAUUGGCUAACUCAAAAACAGAAGAAACUGCAUCAGGUGUAGCAACUGGGAUGAUUUUAUCUCUGCGUGAAAGUCUCGAGAACUGUAAAGAUAAUCUUGCCACAUGCCAAUUAGAGCUUGAAGCUACAAAGUCAGAAAUUCAAAAGUGGCAUUCUGCAUUUCAGAAUGACUCCUACAUUACAAUAGCUAGAAAAAGCAAAGAAAAGGGAAGAUGCGUUUAUAGUAACCAUUGCAAAGCGGGAACAGGAGAUAUCAGAUUUAAAUGUUUUUUUUUCAAAACUAUUCAUAUUCAGUCUGUAGUUUGGGAAUUAAGAUCACAACUCAAGCCUCCAUCAAUGCAGAUCCGUGUGUCAAUAUAUGAUCAGGAUAUGGUUCUGGAACCAUUCCUGUUGAAAUUGAAGGGCAUAUUGAUGUAGUAUAGCAUCUCUUGAGUAAUUCCCUAGAGAAGUCUGGAUGACAGUCCAUGGGAUGGGCGUAACAUCAUUUUCUUUCCUCUACAAUAAUUAGAGGAUUAUUCUAAUAAGGCACCAACUAUGAGAUUUGUAUGUCGUUUGUUCCACCCAAAUAGUAAGUACAACCAUAACUCUAUAAGAAACAAUUUAUUAUUUUUAUGCAGUGUGUUUGGACAUCUUGCAAAAUCAAUGGAGUCCUAUCUAUGAUGUUGCUGUUAUUCUCACCUCCAUCCAAGUAACUUUCUACGAUUUUUUUUCCUGCAUUAUAUUAAUGAUAUACUCAUGGGUUGUGUGUAUAGAAAUGGAAAUUGAUUUAUUAAUUCAUAGAAAGUAAUUUUCUAUGAAUUUUUUUAUCAAUUCCCAAAUAUCAAAUGGUUAAAAAGUUAAAAUUUUAUAAUUUUCAAAUGAAAAAAAAAAUACCCAAAAUAUUAGGGUUUUUCUUUCAUUUACUCUUUUUUAACUACAAUUUGUCAACAGUAUGAUGUUAUUUUAUCUUAUAAAAAGUAAAAAUAAAUAAAUAAAUAAUAUUAACAAUAUAAAUUUAUCUUUUAUUAGUAGAUAAAGAAAUAAACAUAGAGAUUUCCUGCCAUGAAACCUCAAACUGAAAGGCAGAAAUUGGGGGCAAACUAGUCUUUAUAGCUUAGUGACAAGAGAAGCUGACCUAGCACAAGCUUUGGGACUGAUUCUUUUAUAAUUUUAUUCCAUUGUUAUUUCUUUCGUUAUACAUAUAUUUUAGCAAAAGGGUGAUUGGAUUCAUUCAUUGACAAAGGGUUUUAAUAGGAAUUUAAUACAUACAGGUAAGGUAAUGAAGUGAGCAAGGCUCCAUAGAUACAAAGGUUGGUCACACCAUCGACAUUGCAAAGAAAGAAGGCAAGAUUUGCUGACAAUAAGAAGAGGAUUGGAAAGGCGAGCCUCCAGAUUACCAUCUAUUGUUACAUAAACACCUCUGUAUGCAUGGAUACUAUUUAAGAGUGUUAGAUCUUGAUAUAACAUUUUGUUAUGUAACUGAGUUUUCUGUUCUGUUUUUAGUUAAGAUUAUAUGCCCAACAGUGGAUAACAUGUUGGAUUCUUGAAUCUCCUUCAAGAAUGAGGCUCAUAAACACUUAAUUAGAGUCAACACCAACGAUUCCUUUUC